CCCAAAUAGCUCCCAAUGUAUCACGUUCGUCGUGCAUGUUAACUGGUCCAUCUACCUGAUUAUCUAAAUUAGGGCUUUUCACUCGACCAAGAGAUCUUCAUUGGCUGGCUAGAAAAGGCACAUGUGAAACCAGGAGGGUAACUCAUUUCUCAUACAUUUCAGUAAUAAUAUUACAGUUCCCCCCACAAAAACAAUUAGUUAAAACUUUACUUUUGUUAGCAACCUUACUUUUGUUGAAAUCCAACAAUCCAAUCACAUCCUUGGAUUCAAUUUUGUAAUUGUGGAGGAAACUAGUUUGGAAGAUGAAAACGCACAUUCAGCAGCUAGAAAUAUUACUUUUUUUUUUUUUUUACUGAUUUGAACAAACAAAACUGGAUUUUAAUCAUCAUAAGUCUGAAUUUUGGGAAGAAGGAACACAAUUACCAGUAAUAUAACUAGUAGUGUAACUAAUUACGGUUAGCAGGGAGUAAUGAGUAAUAAAAUUACUUUUGAAAAAGUAAUGAGUAAUGAAUUAUAAAUAAAAAACAUUGUGUAACAAGCCCAACUUUAGUUAAUGAUUACUUAAUCAAAACAAGUGAGGGACAAGUGAGGGACAACUUGAUAAUUAUAGUAUUAAUAAGUACUUAUUACUCAUAAUGAUGAGUUACUAGAGAACAGACUAGGAGAGCCUAUAUUAAUGAGUCAUUAGGUAAUGAUUAGUCAAUGAAUGUCUGUGAAACUAUCAUACUGACCACUUUCUUCAUAAGUUGUUCCUUUUUAACUCUGAACCAGCUGCUGAGCUGCACAUAAAGGGAUACACAAUACUGAGUAAUUAGACUACUAAGUUUCCUCAUUAUCUUACGAUAACUUACUCUUUUUGUGGCCCCUGAAGUCAUUUACUCCAGAAUUAUGAAUAUGCAAAUUAUGUAUUUCUAAGGUUUUCCUGUCUCCUACCUCACUGUAACGUCCAUUCUCAGUGGAUGUGUGCUGGUGUUCUUCUGGUUUCUACAUCACACUGUUGAAGUUGCAUACUGGACCAGGUAAAUUAACAGAUACAUAGAUGGCUAGAUGCCACUAAAUCCUACACAUUGGAGCUUCAAUCAGCAGUACACUCAUUUUUACUGAAUAAAAUACAGUCUAAAACAGGAUCCAGCAUGUUAAUAGAGCAGGCUUCUGUAAAGAUGUGGACACAUCAGUUACUGGUUUCCCAUUGUUUGGCCAGCCCCAUUUCUUCCAGACCCGAUGUUAGCAUGGAGCAGCCAUAAAUCCAAGCUGGGCCAGCAUGGUUCCUAUCCGGCCAGUCAAUUUGAACAAUUUUGGCUUAGUCCCUCAAAAUUAAAUCCAAUCAGACAUCAUUCAAUGAUGGGUUCAGCAACAAAGCAGAAUUUUUUUUAGCAAGUUUUCAAAUGCGCAGCCAUUUCCAAGCAAAUGUCCAUAAGUUGAUGAUGUUGGACAAUAUUAUGUCUAUAUGUUGUGACCACAUCCAACCAUUUCACUUACAAUAAAUAUCAAAUUAAUUAAAUAAAUAAUAAAUGAAUUUCCAUAUUCCAUUGAUAUUUAGCACUUGUGCAUUUCAAUAUUUUUUUUAUUUUCAUAUUAUGUUUAGACAUGCCAUGACACUCAUCUAUUCACCACCCUGACCUCCUAUUUCCUGCAAUGGCACUGAGAAGUAACACCUUGAGGCAUUUCUGAUCCCAUUCACUGCUCAUAGCAGGGCCUGUUCUGAGUGGCCAUGAUUGGGUACCAUGAUGCCUCAAGUGCCCUUAUCCUUCUGGUUCUCCUGACAGGGGCUUCCUUCCUCCAUCUAUCCACCCCCAAUCCGAUCAACACCCCUGAAGAUGUCAAUAAACCACACAGAGAUACUCCUCCUGGGGUGAUGGUGUCAGGGGAUGGGCAAAGGAUGGAUGAGGAGAGACGAUCUUUACGAAAAGAAGAGGCAGAGGAAGAAGAGGAGCUUUUUAAAGAUGUGGAUCCCAAAACACUAGCAUCAGUUUUACUGGAGGCCCUGAAUCGCUCACAAGUAGAGAGAAGGAGGGAGGGAGAGGAACACAAUGGCAUGGAAGAAGGGAUGAAGGCUGAGACAGGGGAGGUUAAAAAAGAAGAGACGUACAGAGAAGUGAGAAUUAUGGAGGGAGCAGACCGAGACAGAGAUGGACGACAGGAGUUAGAGCUGCUGAUGGCUGCACAGGGGAAGGAGCGGGAGAGACAGGAGGAAGAAGAGAGGAAGAAAGCUCAGGAAGAAGAGGAAAGGUUGACAGAGAAGGUGACCAGUCGUACCACAAGUCAGACAGUCCAGGUCCAAACAGCGCAGCAGCCCGCUAGUCCUGAAGGAGGAGAGGAGAAUGGGCAGGGUGCUUCCCCCCAGCAGGGACCAAACAGCAAUGAGGAGGAGGAGCAGCUCAGCCCCGAGGAGCUAAAGAGCCUUGAGACCAUGAUGAAGGAGUUUCCUCGUUUGAACACAGCCACUAAGAGGGAAGGAGAUUCAGAGCAAAACCAGAGAGAGAGCAGAGGUUACAGCAGCUACAAUGACAUUAUACCCAUCAACAAAGGCAGCAACCUUGUCAUUUCUAAGAAGAAACUGAAAUGGCAAGAGGAGACACAGAAAGCCCUGAACACUCCAACAUUCAGGGGCGGCAAUUUUAUGACCGACUUUGAGGACAGUAAUUAUGCUGGCAGUAAUGCCGCACAGUCCCAGCCUCGAGCAGAGCAGGAGGUAAUGGAAGAUGAUAAACCAGAAGAGGAGGAUGACGAAGACGAGGAGGUGUUGAGUCCUGAGGAGGAGGAGGCUCGGGCUAAAGCAGAGCAGGAGGAGAUGAGGAGGCAGGCAGCCGAGGCACAGAGAGCAAAGAUGGAGGAGGAGAAGUUGGCCGACAUUGCCUCAGACAUGCUGCUGCGCUACAUGGUCAAACAGAAUAACGGGAACAAGAAGUACGGCUCAUCUCUGUCCAACGCCGUGGAGGACAAGAGGUCCGAUGAGGAACAGGAGGUGACAGAGGAGGAUGAUAUUGAUCCCCAGACCAUCGACAAGCUGAUUGAGAUCUCCAGCAAGCUCCACCUCCCUGCAGACGACGUGGUAGAUAUAAUCAGUGAUGUGGAGAAGAAGAAGAAGAAAGACGUGCCGCCUGAGAUGACGUCUCAUUGGCAACAACCUCUAACACCGCUGUCUUCUUCAUUCUCAUCCCCCAAUGGUUUCCCAGCAUCGCAGGUUUCAACCAAUCAAAAUAGCUUCCCCAUAUCUAAACAACCGUCUCCAGCUGUCAAUCUCCUUAAAACAUGGUUCCAGGAGAAAUCUCCAACAAAAUCGCAGGAUCUCUGGAGGAAACUUGGGAAGCCUCUGCUGGCCAAUCAAAAGGUCUGGCCCAAACCUCAGAAGCCUCUGUCAAUCAAACAGGAACUCUGGCUCAAAUCCCCCAAGUCUGUCUGGACUGGCAAUCCUUUUUACCCCUACACAUAUCCAUCUUACUACCAGAGGAGGCCCUAUCCAGGCUACCACCCAAUCUAUUUUCCUCCUCCCCAGCGACACAGACCCCGUUACUACAUGCCCAAACCCACUCACACCCUGAACAACUUCCUGGGAAAUUCAGUGGAUGACCCCUACACUUUGCCUCUCAGACGCCGUUACCAUAGCUGGGUCCAGCCCCGGCUGAGAAAAACCCCUCCAGGACUCCAGCAGAAGCCUUACUACACAAGCUACCCUGUUCCGCUGUACCCACAGACAUUUCAGCCAGUACCCAUCCCCAAACCACGUUUUCCUGUCCGAAUGCCUGUGAUCCCUCCUCAACAGAAGCAGUAUUAUAACACAGCCCUAGCACCUGCAGUGACGAGAAAUGAAGAUUAUUAUGUGGCUGGAAAGCAGCCAGACAGUAGUAAACGUGACGAUCUUGAGAAAUACAUACAGCAGAUGCUCAUGAAGGGACCACAAAUAUUGGACUGAAAGGGAGAUGAAAGGAGAGCAAAAAUAGAGGAAAUGGCAAAGAGGAGAGAUGAGCAGAAGGAGUGUAUUUCUUUAUGAUUUUGUUUUGCUGGUAUUUGGUUUUGUUUUACGUAUGUUCUGUUCUCCUAUUUUGAUUGGUAGUGAUUUGGACAUAACAGAGGACUUUUUUUCCAGAGGUAGUCUGGAUAAAAUGGAACUUUGGAGGAAAGAUACACAUCUACAGUCCUGCAGAGGUGGGAAAUCAGGAUGAAUGCGGUCUUUUGGAAAGCAGAACGCAGCAAAGAUUUGUAUCAUGCUAGAACUUUUCAUCCAAACUCCUGACACAAGAACAUUCUCCAUUUGGACAUUUUACAAUGCCAACAAAGGAUGACGCUUAAAUAUGUUGUUACCUGUAUCUUUAAAAGUCUCCUUCAGAAUCAGAGUGACAAUCGGAUGGAUUGUAGGCAGUGAUGGAUGCUGGAAAACAUUUGAUGGCUGAUGGAAGUUUUCUGUCUAAACACAAAAAGAACAUUUGUGUAAUUAUCUCGGGCAGGAAAAGUUUAAUACUAUUUCAUGAACAUAAUCUCUCAGAAGUGACAUACACUAUAUGGCCAAAAGUAUGUGGACCCCCAAACAUUCCAGCCAUAUGUGAUAGUUAAUCUUGUGAUUCCAACCCAUGGGCAUUAAUGUGCUGCUGUAACAGCUUCCACUCUUCUAGUUUCCACCAAAUGUUAGAAUCUGGCAGCAGGGAUGAUCUCCCAUUCGACACAAGAGCAUUAGUGAGGUCCAACACUAAUGGUGGCUCACAGUUGGCAUUCCAGUUAAUGACAAAGGUGAUAAGGUUUAGGUCAGGGUUGUGUGCAGUUCUUCCGCACCAAACUGGGAAAACCAUUUCUUUAUAAAGCUGUGUUUGUGCACAGGGGCAUUGUCACGUUGAAACAGGAAAGGGCCAAACACAAACUAGCCAAACAGGAAAAAACAAUCCCAGACCCCAGGGUGUCCACAUACUUUUGGCCACAUAGUCUUAAAGAUGAAAUCAAGAUCAUCAUCUGGGAAUAGCUCCAUGCCGAAAGCAUUUGCUAGACUUAUCUCAUCUUUUAAAAUGAAUACAUUUUUAUUCAAAUGUGUCAUUAUUGUGAUAUUUGUUUUUUUUAAAAAUCAGUUUUUCAGCAGAGCAGCACAUUAUCAUUAUGUAUACUCACACAUACCCACCAAAGCUCUUUAUAAUAAAAUAUAAUGCACCAAAAAGCCUAUUUCAUAACAGAGCUGUGGAAGCCACACCAACACUGCUAUAAUGGCUUGGAUGACUCAUCCUUUUGCAUAACUUCAAUUACCUUGUUGCUAUGGUGCCAAACCCUGGCCAAACUCUAUAUGGCAUUCUUUUACAGUUGAUGCCUUUAGAGAAGGAUGCAAUGGUGGAGGCAUACUGUUCUUUUACUAAACACAUUUAUUUUAGAGGACAAGGAUGGUGUUAUUCUAUUUUGUUUUUAAAACAAAUUCCAUGAAAAGACCAAACCAUAGUUGUUUUUUUUUUUGUAUCAAACAUUACUCAAAUGGGAGGAAAGCCCUGCAUCCUACUGCCUUCCUGUCUUUUGUAAUCUCAGUGUGAUUAAUUCAAAUGGUGUCAAAUUUAACACAUUCAUUUAGAUUAAUUUUAAAAAUAGCAUGUAAAAAAAUUGAAAUUACACCUAUAAUUCAAACUUUUAUAGCCACAUUUUAGACUUGUAACUAGACUUCAGAAAGAGAAAAUGAAAAUUAAAUUUUGAAUUAACACAAUUUAUUGAUUUUUUAAUGCCACCUUUAGUUAUUUUUAUUUAUUACUUUCUAUUUCUAUUCAAUGUGCAACAAUAAUUUCAAGAGUUCAAAUAUCUCAUUUGGGGGCUUUUACAAGAAAAUAUUCAUAUGAUUGUCCACCCCAAGACCUGCCCCUGGAUUAAUUGUACCAGUGACUUACUUCCAAGGUAUGAAUGAUGUUGCACUCAAUAAGAGGGAUUAAAGCUGCAGUAGGUUAUAAAAAAAAUAUAUAUAUAUUUUCAUAUUCGCUGAAACUUUCACUAUAUCCUGACAGUAGUAUAUUAGACAGAUACUCUGUAUAAAAAUCAGGUUCUUCUGGCUCCUCCUAGUGCUCCUAAUGGUAUUUGUAAGAAUCCACUAGGCCUGAAUGAAAACAACCAAUCACAGCCAAGAAAGAUAUAGAAACUCUUUGGGUGGGAGGCUUUAUUAUUAAAUGUUUUGGUAGGGGCUUUUUUUGCCUUCAUUGAUUAGACAGCUCAAGAUAGAUAGACAGGACAGGGAGAGAGAGAGAGAGGGGAUGAUGCACAGCAAAGGGUCACAGGUCAGACUUAAACCCAUGGCUGCAAGACUCAGCCUUCGUAUGUGAGACAGGCAGAUUAAUCCAUUUUUGGUAUAGCUCUGCACAUUAGAUAUGUGUAUUUGUGAUAUAGAAGAUCACCAACCAUAUCCUUUAAAAAUAUUCUCCAUGGUUUCGUGCCCCUAAAUUAGCAUGACUUCACUCUUCAACAUUUAUUUUUCAUUCAUCAUUAUCAAAUCAGAGUCUAUUUUGAAAGUUGUUCCCAUGACCUAAAUGUUGCACAACCAUCAGUCUAACAUUUUAUACAUUUGUAGGUGAGAAGUUGUUUCCAAACUCUGAGUAGAAAUCUGCUGCCUUUACAUGUCAGCGUGACAUCCCUACCAUUACAUUAUGUUUUUUUCCUUUUGUACCAUUUGAUAUUAUCCAAGGCUGUAAUCACUUCUGUAAUGGAAGCCAGUGGGAUGAUGGGAAUGAUUCUCUGGAACUGGUUUCAUUAGAGAUGGGAACAAUUUGCUCAUAUUCAGGUGAAUCUAAGUUUGACUCACAAUUUUAAAAACACGAUGAAGGUAUUUUCACUGCUUGGAUUGGUUGACAGUGCUAUAAAAAUGAUUGUAAAAAAAAUGUUUAACUGCAAAAAAAAGGAUUGAACUGCUGAGUUUUCCUUUCUUUACUUAAAUGGCUACUGAUAAUCAGUAAUCAAUAAACACUUCUUUUUCUCUCUUUUACCCCUCAAAUAUGUCACUGGUAACCAGAGCAGAUGUUGCUCUUUGGUUGGUCUGUAUUGUUGACCUUUGUGGUCGUCUGUCUCUCAGCAUCUUUGUUGCCAAGCUGGCAAAAGAAUCCUGGCAUCAAUGGGCGCCUGGUUAGCUCAGUUGGUAGGGCUGGCGACCCACAUACGGACUUGCUGCAGUGGCCUGGGACCUACAGCCCUUUGCUCCGUGUCAUCACCUCUCUCUCCUCCCACCUUUCCUGUCUCUAUAAAAAAACUUAAAGCCAAAAAAAUAACAAAAGAAAUAAAUAAAGAAUCCUGGCAUCGACAAUCUCAUAAUGAAAUUAUGAUCAACAUGCGGUCAUUAGUCAAAAAAGAGAGUGAAUGGAAUGGAGGGUUAAUUUGUAAUGAUUUAUUGUUUUUUUUAAUGAGAUUAUGAAAGAAGUUACAGAUUAAGAAAGAGAAUGGGAGAAAAAGAAGCAGCUGAGAUAUGACAGACCAGAGGUGAGGGUACAGUGUGUCUGCACGUUUAUGUAUACUUGCAUCUAAAAAUUGCUUCUUUGAAGACGUACAAGCAUCAAUUUAAAAAGUAUAAAAAAAUUAAAGAUGACAGAAACAAUGACGUUGUUGUACCUUAAAAUCAUUGUUUGAGUCAUGUAUGCGGCCAGUGUUGUCCAUGGUCUUUCUAGAUGUAUCUUGUUGUAAUCAUCGUAAUAAACAUGCGUUUGCUGGAUGUAAAUAUGCACAUGUCAAUGACUACUUUUGCUAUACAUAAAGAAACAAAUAAAGUCAACUAUUUUUAUUACGAAAGUG